AUUAACUAUUAACCAUAAUCCAUUAAAUUUUAAAUUUUAAAGUCUUAAAAUAUAUUUUAGACGUGACAUGCUUACUAGAAUUUUAUUUUAUUUAAAAGAAAGAGAAUGUAUAGAUACACCAACGUUCAUAGAUAAUUUUCUAUAAACCUUGUGAUAGAAUCAAUUUCUUAUUCUGCGGUAUUUACUUGAAAAUUGAUAACACCGCAGUGUCAAAACUCAAAACCGACAGCGGACAAAUCUUUAAAUAUAUUUUUUCUGAGGGACAAUCGUGAAACGUUGUUGCUAAAAUUUUGGUCGACCUUCGUGAUUCGUUGUGGCCCGUGGGUCUUAUUAACUGUUAGUAAAUAACAAAUGUUUUUAAUCAGGCCUAUUGCAGUAACGUUUUUGUAGUUGGCGUAUUUGGGCCGCUCGUGAUAUAUCCGUUUGACUAUGUGUUUAUACUACAGAUUUGUCGGCAGCACGAUGCGCUUUCCAAACUUUGUUUUCCGGAAACCAUAUGAGCCCAGCUACUCUCAAUGUCAUGACUCUGCGGGGCCAUGGAUACUGGCUGAAAUGUUGGUGGACAGAUCUCGGUGUUAUAUCGAGGAGAAAGCCAACGAUGUAUUUCGCUCCCAGACGUUUUGUUAAAGUCACUGCCUCGUUGGUAUCAUCAAGAAAUUAUUACGACGUACUAGGCGUUCCUAGAGAUGCCAACCCAAAGCAAAUCAAAGACGCUUAUUACAAACUGGCAAUGAAACACCACCCAGAUAAAAACAAAGGAAUACUCACCAAACAGUUCAGAGACAUUAAAGAGGCAUAUGAUGUAUUAAGCAACGAAUCUAGUCGGACAAAUUACAAUAAAAAUAUGGGUUCUUCAAACAGUAACUAUAGUAGUACAUCUAAUGAUUGGACAUCUAAUUCUUCUUAUGGCCGCUAUAACACAAAUCACGAAUAUACAUACAAUAAUAAAAACUGGUCAAGAACUGAGUAUAGCCAUCAAAGGACCAGACGUUCAGCAGGCUUUGAUCAACAUAAACCAUUCAAUGUAUUCAUAAAUGUGAUUUCAGUGCCCCAGAAUAUUAUAAAAACUCAAAUUGAUCUAAUUUUAUUGAAUUUUAUCAAAAAUCGCACAUUAAAAUGGAUUCUGUUUCAACUAUUUCAAUAUCUAUGGACAUGGGGGUUAAAAAAUUUGAAUUAUAAUGUACUGAUAUCGUCGUCAUCUCCUAUGAAUCCAUUGGGAGAAUUCAUCAGAAGUUUGCUUGAAAACCAUACAGUAAGGAUCGAACUAACAGAAAUAGAAGCAAUAAAGGGUAAAGCUGUCAGAGUAAAAGUAAAUGAAAAUGAAAAAGUUCUAGUAGUCAAUAUACCCAGAGGAGUACAUAGAGGCCAAUCAUUCUACUUGUUUUACCUGAUUGAUGACAAUGAUAAUACUAAAUUUAAAGGAUGAAUUUUGUUACAAUAUGUCUGUUUGUUAUUUGGAUGAAUUAUAAUUUAUUUAUUUACUGAAA